AUGGCGUUCACCGCCCUCGCCCACAAAAUCCUCACCGCCGCCCAAACCCUCGACACGUUCAUCGAAACCAACAACCUCCCAACCCCAACUACAGGUCCAAAGCCCAACCUCCCACCAGCCCAAAGAUUCAACACCCCCCAAACCUCCACCGCCCUCGCCACCCUCCUCCACAGCACCCAUCUCCUGUCCCACCUCGCCACGGGCCCCGCCCACGCCUUCCUUGGCAACGCAACCGGUCCCCUCAGCGAUGCCCUCACCAACAGCCUGAUUGUCGAGUUCGACAUUGCAAGCCAUGUCCCGCUGCCGGAGGACGCCCCGGAGGGUUUCCCAAUGGAGAAGGUUGCAAGAGCGUGUGGGUUGUUGUUAGAGGAUUUCCAACUGGUAGUGCGGUACGCGAUGACCAAUUUUGUAUUCACUGAGACGAAGCCUGGCUGGAUUGGGCAUACGGCGGCGAGUCGGGUUCUCAGAGAAAACAAGGUAGUCAAGUCCCUAGCAGUGAUGGGCGCGAAGGAGCUGUGGACGGGAUCGGGCAAGGAGGUUGAGGUUCUGAGGCGCGCUGGUGCUGCUGGGGGAAGGGGAACAGCGGUGGAGUCGGCAUGGGCGCUUGCCAACAACGCUUCGACACCGUUGUUCCAGCACCUCGACACCCACGCGCCGGAGCGAGCAAAGGAUUUCGCAUUCGCGAUGGAAGCCCUCGCAUCCUUGGCUCCGCCCAGCUUGACAUUGAACCACUACCCCUGGCACACCCUCCCACCUAACGCCCUCAUAGUCGACGUCGGCGGCGGCAAAGGCUUCGUGCCCCGGACGCUUGCCUCUGCAUUCCCACACUUCCGCUUCAUUGUCCAGGACCUCCCUGGAACCGUCGCCGCUGGGCGCGCGCAAUUACCGCCUGAGUUCGCAGGGAGGAUUGAGUUCCAAGACCAUGACUUCUUCAAGCCGCAGAAGCGAUUGGAGGGGAGAGGGGACGAUGGGGCGGAUGUGUUCUUUCUGAGAGCGAUUGUGCAUGAUUGGCCGGAUGAGGCGGUGGUGCAGAUUCUCAGAAAUCUGAUUCCUGGGUUGAAGAAGGGGGCGAGGGUUGUGGUUGUGGAUCCGCAUACGCCUGCGCCACGGUAUACGAGCGAGGCGAGCAAUGAUAGUGCUAGUGGGGAAGCGAAGAAGACGAGCUGGCUGCAGGAUCGCCUGGCAAGGGGGAGUAAUCUGCGAAUGAAGGUCUUCUUCAAUAGUCAUGAUAGGGAGGAAGGAGAGUGGGAGGGCUUGUUCAAUCGGGCGGAUCCUCAGGGGAGGUUCAGGGUCAGGGUGGUGGAAGUGUAUGAUCGGGAGGAGGGAAAUGUGGAGGGACAAUUGUUGGUGGCUGUUGAGGCUAUCUGGGAGGGCUGA